AAUCGACUUUUAGAUCCCUAGUUUCCUCAAGGAGGAACUGGACAUUGAAAAUAGUAAUCAACAAUUAUUAAAAUAUUUGUGAAAUAAACGCAGGAACGACAUAAAAAACAAAGAGACAGCACACCACUUACAGCAGUUUCCUCAACUUAUCAAAAUGUCAGGCACCUUUAUACCGGCUUCUCAGAGACCUGACGGCACAUGGCGUCGAGCAAGACGUGUCAAAGAUGGUUAUGUGCCUCAAGAAGAGGUGCCCUUGUAUGAAAGCAAAGGCAGACAAUUUGCUCAAAAACGCGCAAAUGGACUGCCUCCCGGUUUAUGCCCUGAAAUGGUAGAGGCAGCCAAAAAAGAACGUGAGAAGAAAGAAAGGGCCAAAGCCAAAAAAGAGGCAGCAGCAGCGGCAGCAAGUGCCGCAACAGCCACAGCUACUAAUAAACAGCAAAUACCUGGAGUUCUAAAAUUACCCGCCAAUACAAAUACAGCAACAUCAAUUAAAAACCCCACAGCCAGCGGGCCAAAGUCCAAGGCUUCUCCGACCACGUCCACCUCAAAUGGUGCCAAAACCAUUGAGGCCUUAAGUAAUGAUCUUGCCCAUAAUCUUAAAGUGCAAGAAGAGCCCCAAGAUCUCCAAAAGAAAUGCAAAAAACUACAAAAAAAGUUAAGGGAAAUCGAAGAAAUUGAAAAGAAACUCAAAAGUGGUGCCCUAAAGAAGCCUGAAAAGGAUCAAUUAGAUAAGGUGGCACGAAAAUCAGUCAUUGAAAAAGAACUGCAAAAAGUUCUGGAGGAGAUUGGUGCAGGUGGUGGAAGUUAAGUUUAUUCAAGAGAAACAACACAAGGAAAUGUAAAAUUUUUGAUGGCGUUACGAGUUACACAUGCUGGAAAUGGAGGUGAUUUGUGGUAUACCGCAAGUAACCUCAUCAUUAGCUACAUAUUUGCUGUAUCCCGACAUUUCCUUGUGAUUUUUUUUGUGGAUGUUCUCCAUGGCAGAGUCUUAAAUAGUUAUGAAUUAAGAAACAAUAUUCGUUACGUUUGCGUUCCUUUGUUUUAUUUUUCUGAUAAAUUUUUAUCAUAAUUUCUCAUUUAGUUUUGAAAUAAGACAAUUACCUUAUAUACAUUUUGUUAGUCAUUUGUUUACAUAUUUUUUAUUUUUUUUAAUUUUUUGUACAUGUUUUGUUUCAAAUUUUUUUUACCAACCACUAUAUUUCCAUUAUUGCAUUGAAUAACUGCCUUUUUAUAAAUCAUUUCCAUAAGUGAAAAAGCAUAAAACCAAAAUUAUUAUUAUUAUAUACAUACAAUAUAUUUUAAUCAAGCAACAAACCAUAUAUCAGUGCAGAUUGUUGUAUAUUUUAGAAAUAAAAUAGUUUAAAACCGCAUGAGAUUAAUGCUAAAAAGAAGUAAUGAUAUUGAGUCAAUAUAAAAAAUCAUUUC